AUGAGCAAUCCACAGAGACCGCUUGGCGUGGGCACGCCGGCUGCUGCGACGCCGCCCCCGCCAACGCAGUACUCGGCCGCGGACCUCAAUCGCAUCGUGCUCGAAUAUCUAAACAAAAAGGGCUACUCCAAGACCGAGCAAAUGCUUCGGAUAGAAAGCGCCACAAGAACACCGGCUGCUUCUGUUCCUGGAUCUCCUACGCCGUCAGGCGGUCAUCAAGACGCGUCUCGAUCUGCCACUAACGGAACGGUCAGCAAUACCGACACAUUACUGAAGAGUAGUACUGAUGAUCCAAAUCUGUUCAUCCGAGCCUACAAAUCUUUACGCGACUGGAUCGAGACCUCCUUGGAUAUCUUCCAGCCUGAACUUCGGAAACUCCUGUUCCCGAUCUUUGUCCAUACAUUCUUCUACCUAAUCCAGAAGCCCGAUUCAAAGUCGCCCGCAACCAGCCUUGCCCGCAGAUUUUUCGACACCUAUUCUUCAGAUCAUUCGGUGCUUCAUGGUUAUGAUUUGCAACUCCUCUCUGGUCUGACUCUUCCUGAUCAUCUGCAAGAGAAUGAGACGGCAAAGUUGUACCGUCAACACAAGUACAGGCUGAACAUGUCGCGGACAACAUUCGAUCUUCUUCUUCAUUUCUUGGAUGAAACCGAAAACAACGGUGGUCCGAUCAUCAUAAGGCUGAUCAAUCAGUAUAUCGAAACCAACGUUACCCCUUCGCGACCUGACAAGUACAAUGAUUUCAGUCACUCUUUGGGACCCGAUGAGGGUAUUCCGGGGCACACAACUGGUCAAGAAAAUAGACUCAACUCGCAGCCGGUGCGACUUGGUCGGCUGCCGUUAGAUGAGCGCAUGGCCAAAGAAGUGGAACUGAGGUUGAAAGAUGAGGACGACACCGCGCAGAACAACAACGGCAUCGCUGGGAUUGGUACGACAAAGACCUUGCUACAAGAAUUCCACGAGAUGAAUCAGACUGAGGACUCGCCUGUUCGUGAAGUAUUACCGCUGCCUCAGUACAAAGGAGUAGACGUUGAACACGAAAUUGCUGCGGUCAAAGAUGCUAGAAGCAGAUUGAAAAUUGGUCCGACGGAGGCGUCACUUCCGAGUGUGUGCAUGUAUACAUUUCACAAUACUUAUGACGGACUCAACUGUCUAGAGUUUUCAAACGACUCGAGUCUUGUCGCUGGUGGUUUCUCGGACAGCUAUUUGAAGAUCUGGAGUUUGAAGGGGGAAAAGCUGCAGAGUGUGGUCAAGGGAUCCCAGCCGCUGACGAGUCAGAGACUUGUCGGUCAUGCCGGUCCUGUCUAUGGCGCCUCAUUUAGCCCAGAUGGAAAGUAUUUGCUGUCGUGCUCGGAGGACAAGUCGGCGCGGUUGUGGUCUAUGGAUACCUACACUGCGCUUGUCUCGUAUAAGGGGCAUAGUCAUCCUGUUUGGGAUGUAGCUUUCAGUCCUGUUGGACAUUACUUUGCUACUGCUUCGCAUGAUCAGACGGCGAGACUUUGGUCCUGUGAUCAUAUAUACCCGCUGCGAAUCUUUGCCGGACACAUCAGUGACGUUGAUUGCGUCACUUUCCAUCCAAAUUCCACGUAUGUGCUCACGGGAUCGAGCGACAAAACCUGCCGGAUGUGGGAUGUUGCCAAGGGAACUCCGGUUCGCAUUAUGAUAUCUCACACGGCUCCGGUAUCUGCUAUUACGAUGUCACCCGAUGGCCGAACACUCGCGUCAGCUGCGGAUGACGGAGUUAUUAUGCUCUGGGACUUGGGUUCAGGGAAGGCGAUCAAGGCGAUGCGAGGACAUGAGAAAGGGUCGUCGAUAUAUUCUCUCUCGUUCUCCCGCGAGGGUUCGGUAUUGGUGAGCGCGGGUUCCGAUUGCUCAGUACGAGUAUGGGAUGUUAAAGGUGGCAGCACAACACCGAGCAGUACAUCCUCGACGGUUGCUACUCUUGCGGAUAGUGGGAAGGUGUUGGCGGAUGGGAAGGCAGGGGACGCGACGGCAGCGGGACCUGCCGGAGGAGUAGCAGGCUCGGCUACGGGCGGCGCAGCAGGUGGAAGUACAGCUGGUGGUCAAUCAGGAGAUGCGGCGGCAAAUGCAGCAAAGGCGGGUGCAUCUGCUCGGCAGACAUUUGCGACUUCAGACCAUAUGGCUACGUUCAUGACUAAACGGACUCCAGUGUACAAGGUGCAGUUUACUGGGCGCAAUUUGUGUCUUGCGGGUGGUGCGUUUAUGGGCACGUCGUAG